UGUGAAGUUUCUCUCUCUAUUCUCCCAUCACUAGAAAUAAUCAUUCAUAUCCUCUAGAAUCAUCAUCUUCCACCUGAAACUCUCUAAUCUUUCAUACCACCAUUAUAUCCUCUAGAACCAUCUUCUUCCCCACAUCCAUGGAACACCAAGAAUUAGAAUCGCCAUUUCAGAUCAACCCAAACAAAUCAAGGCUCUCCCGGAUCAUAUCUCGCAACGACGACGAACUCCAUGAAUUCCGAUCAUGGCUCCGGUUAAUCUGCGUCGACCAGUCAACAAAGACAACAACUUUCCUUUCUUGGACAGUGUUCAUCAUCUUUGCAAUCAUCGUCCCCUGCAUUUCCCAUUUCUUCAUCCCCUGUUCUAAUUGCGAUAGCAAACACACCCUUCCGUUUGAUACCGUCGUCCAAUUAUCUCUGACCGCCAUAACCACAAUUUCGUUCAUCUGCUUAACUCGUUUUAUUAGCAAAUUUGGUCUGAGAAGAUUCCUUUUCAUAGACAAACUCUGCAAUGAAAGCGAAACUGUUAGAAGGAAAUACACCGGAGAACUAAAUAGAUCAUUCAAGAUUCUAUUCAUAUUUCUUCUCCCGUGUUUCACUGUGGAAUGUGCAUACAAAAUAUGGUGGUAUGCAUCUGGCGUGAACGAGAUACCCUUUUUAGGAAACGCAAUUGUUAGCAAUAUCGUAGCUUGUAUCGUCGAACUAUGUUCAUGGCUUUAUCGGACGGUGGUGUUCUUUUUGGUAUGUAUAUUGUUUCGUUUGAUUUGUUGUCUUCAAAUUCUACGGCUGCAAGGUUUUGCUAAGGUUUUUCAGAUUGAUUCUUCUGAGGUGGAGUUAGUAUUGAAGGAACAUUUAAGGAUUAGACGGUAUUUGAAGAUAAUUAGUCAUCGUUAUCGGUUGUUUAUUGUUUUGGUUUUGCUUAUUGUUACUGUUAGUCAAUUUGCUUCUUUGUUAUUGACUACAAGAUCGGAGUCUGAGGUUAAUAUCUACAAAGCUGGUGAAAUCGCGUUAUGUUCGAUCAAUCUUUUAACUGGACUAAUAAUCAUACUUCGAAGUGCUACAAGAAUCACUCAUAAAGCUCAAGAAGUCACCUCUCUUGCAGCCAAAUGGCACGUUUGUUCCACAAUAGAUUCAUAUGAAAACGUUGAAUCGGAGACUCCAGUAGCAAACAUUAAUCAUAAUCCUCCAUUAUCAAGAGGAUCAUCUGAAGACGACGAUGACGAGGAAUUUGACGAAGAUGAUCUUGACAAUACAAUGAUGAUUCCAGCUUAUGCUCGAAGCACAAUAUCCUUUCAAAAACGUGAAGCCUUAGUGACAUAUUUCGAUAACAACAGAGCUGGAAUAUCAUUGUAUGGAUAUGUGUUGGAUCGAGGAUCUCUUCACACCAUUUUUGGGAUAGAAUUGUCUCUUGUACUUUGGCUGCUUGGAAAGACCAUUGCAAGUGUUUAAAAUGUGGAGUAAUAUGGAAUAAGGGAGUUCAACUAAUAUUGUCCAACAUUAAUUAAUGCUCUUCAAUUUUUUCAGUACAUUAAUUUAUAAUAUUAUUGUUGUUUUGUGGGAUCUGUAUUUAAAA